GUCCCCAACAAUGGCUGGGGGACUGUUUGCUGUGAGUAAGAAAUAUUUUGAAUAUCUGGGGUCUUAUGAUACAGGAAUGGAAGUCUGGGGAGGAGAAAACCUUGAAUUCUCCUUUAGGAUCUGGCAAUGCGGUGGCACUCUGGAAACACACCCCUGUUCCCACGUUGGCCACGUCUUCCCCAAGCAAGCUCCUUACGCUCGCAACAAGGCUCUGGCCAACAGUGUCCGUGCAGCUGAAGUGUGGAUGGAUGAGUUUAAAGAGAUGUACUAUCAUCGCAACCCCCGCGCCCGCUUGGAGCCCUUUGGGGACGUGACAGAGAGGAGGCAACUCCGAGCUAAGCUCCAGUGUAAAGACUUCAAGUGGUUCCUGGAUACUGUGUACCCAGAGCUGCACGUGCCUGAAGACAGGCCUGGCUUCUUUGGGAUGCUCCAGAACAAAGGACUAAAAGACUACUGCUUUGACUAUAACCCUCCUGAUGAAAACCAAGUAGAGGGUCACCAGGUCAUUCUGUACCUCUGUCAUGGGAUGGGCCAGAACCAGUUUUUCGAGUACACAUCUCAAAAGGAAAUACGCUAUAACACCCGGCAACCGGAGGCCUGCAUAGCUGUGGAACCAGGAAGAGAUAUCCUUGUCAUGCAUCUCUGCAAAGAGGCUGUCCCCGAUGAGCAGAAGUUCAUCCUGCAGGAGGAUGGUUCUUUAGUUCACGAACAGUCCAAGAAAUGUGUCCAGGCUACAAGGAAGGACUUCAGUGACAGCUUUGUGCCACUCUUGCAAGACUGUACCAACUCGGAUAAUCAGAAAUGGUUCUUCAAGGAACGCAUGUCAUAAAAGUGUCACCAUGCCAAACAAGGCACCCACUGAAGGAAGGCCAUGAACUCUGAGCCCAGCAGAGACUUAGCAAGCAGUGGCUGCUGUAUUUCUAUAAGGAAAUCAUUUUGCCAUUUGGGAACAUGUCAUUGGAUUUAGUAAGAAUAUGACUAAGCAUUGGUACUAAUUUUGAAACCUUUAAAAAUGUCCUUCAAAAUCCUGUUUUCCAAGGGUAAUCUUAAGAUUAACUCUUUUGGUAUUUGGGGAAUU